CCCUAGAUUUUUACAUUCCCCAAACUACCCCUUCCUUUCUCAUAACAUAACCUUCUGCUUUCCUUCUUUUCAAACAAACUCUUCUGUAACCAACUCUUCUUCUUCUUUAGUGCUUGUCCACAACAACAAUGGCUGCCAUUGGAACGUUGAAGCCACCUCAGAGCUCCUCCGCCGGGACUUGCUCAUCUCCGGCGAGAGAUUUUCGGAGGACGACGUCGUUGAGGAAAUUGUCGUUUUCGUCUCAAGUCUCCGGCGCUAAAAUCUCGCAUUCUGUUCAACGACGUCGUUCGAGAGGUGCUGCGGUUGUGGUGUCUCCCAAGGCUGUUUCUGAUUCUCAGAAUUCGCAGACUUGUCUCGAUCCUGAUGCUAGUCGUAGUGUCCUGGGAAUUAUACUUGGAGGUGGGGCUGGGACCCGUCUUUACCCUCUAACAAAGAAGAGGGCAAAACCAGCAGUUCCCUUGGGAGCAAAUUAUAGGCUUAUCGAUAUUCCUGUCAGCAAUUGCUUGAAUAGCAACAUCUCAAAGAUUUAUGUUCUUACGCAAUUUAAUUCUGCAUCUCUCAAUCGCCAUCUCUCCCGGGCUUAUGCAAGCAAUAUGGGUGGUUACAAGAAUGAGGGGUUUGUUGAAGUUCUAGCUGCUCAGCAGAGUCCAGAGAACCCCAACUGGUUCCAGGGUACGGCUGAUGCAGUGAGACAGUAUUUAUGGCUGUUUGAGGAGCACAAUGUUCUAGAAUAUCUGGUUCUUGCUGGGGACCAUCUAUAUCGUAUGGACUAUGAAAAAUUUAUUCAAGCGCAUAGAGAAACUGAUGCUGAUAUUACUGUCGCUGCCCUUCCAAUGGAUGAGAAGCGUGCAACUGCCUUUGGUUUGAUGAAGAUUGAUGAAGAAGGACGCAUAAUUGAAUUUGCAGAGAAACCCCAAGGAGAACAAUUAAAAGCUAUGAAGGUUGAUACAACAAUUUUGGGCCUGGAUGAUGUGAGAGCUAAAGAGAUGCCUUACAUAGCAAGUAUGGGUAUAUAUGUUGUCAGCAAAGACGUGAUGAUGAGUCUGCUCCGCGACAAAUUUCCCGGGGCAAAUGAUUUUGGAAGUGAAGUUAUUCCUGGUGCAACAUCCCUUGGAUUAAGAGUGCAAGCUUACCUGUAUGAUGGUUACUGGGAAGAUAUAGGUACGAUUGAGGCAUUUUACAAUGCCAAUUUGGGAAUUACAAAGAAGCCAGUGCCAGAUUUCAGCUUCUAUGAUCGUUCAUCCCCAAUCUACACCCAACCUCGAUAUUUGCCUCCGUCCAAAAUGCUUGAUGCUGAUGUCACAGAUAGUGUUAUUGGCGAGGGUUGUGUGAUUAAGAACUGCAAAAUUCACCACUCAGUGGUAGGUCUUAGAUCUUGCAUCUCAGAAGGUGCAAUUAUCGAAGAUACUCUUUUAAUGGGCGCAGAUUAUUAUGAGACGGAUGCUGACAGGCGAUCACUAGCUGCAAAAGGUGGUGUUCCGAUUGGUAUUGGCAAGAAUUCACACAUCAAAAGAGCAAUUAUUGACAAAAAUGCCCGCAUAGGGGACAAUGUGAAGAUAAUUAAUAGUGACAAUGUGCAAGAAGCAGCAAGAGAAACAGACGGCUACUUUAUUAAGAGCGGAAUUGUGACAGUGAUCAAGGAUGCUUUGAUUCCCAGUGGUACUGUAAUCUAAAUGUCAUUCUUCCAUAUGUCACAGUCAACUUUUGGGAUCAGUCCCCACUUUUUGGUUAGAUGAGUGUAACCAUAACGAUGUAUAAUACCAUAUGUUAAUCUUCUAAUAACACAAGCACUGGAUAGCGAAAAAGGGGACUCAUCAAAUUGCACUUUAAAGGUGUUCUUCAGUUGCUAAAUCACUGUAAAGGUUAUCUUCAAUCAAUAAAUCAUAGUCUACAACUUGUUGGGAACGACCUUGAAGUCUUUGCUGAUUGCUUGAGUGGGUCUGUGCGAAGCUUGGUAGAUAUUAUAAAUGUUAUGUUGUCCAUGGAAAUUUCGUGUAUAGACUUGCGCUGUAUUCCCUCAUACGUAUCCAGAAUGUCAUUUUCAUUAAUUCCUUAUGAAACUUCAAAACCUUAUCACAUAGCUAUGUUUAUGUUUAUCAUUUUUAUGUCUUUUGUAAUUUCUCAGAACAUAUCUUUGUAAUUUUUUACUUUGAAAUUUCUUAUCUGCUAAGAGUGAUUCUUACUUGGA